UGUCAGAGACACGAACGUUUUCGUUUCUCUUCUGUUAUUUUCCCUCACUGUCCCGUUUAAAAGUGAGUUUUUUUUACGAGUCCUCUUGUGCUUUAUCAUCUGAAACAGGCAGAUAUAAUUUCAAAAUGACUGAAAAGGCAGGUUCUCCACUAGCAAGAACUGUUCUUCAGCAGUGUCUCUAUGCAAGGCUUCAGGUCAAACCUGCAGAUGAUCAGUCUGAGGCUGAAUGGGUGGAGAUUGACAGAGGGAUGGUGGUCUACAUCUGCUUUUUUAAAGGCGCUACAGAGGAAAUUAUUCCAAAAAUCGUGAACACUCUGCUCAACUUGAAGCUGUGUGAAGCUGACUCUGGGAAGUAUGUGUCAGUGCUGGACCUGCCUGGAAACGUCCUCAUUGUGCCUCAGGCUACACUGGGAGGCAAGGCCAAAGGGAAGGGCAUGCAGUACCACCACAACAUUGGGAAAGAAGAGGGCCUACAGCUCUAUUCUAACUUUGUCUCCCUGUGUAAGAAGGAACUGGCUUUGUCCAGUAACAGUAGUGAGACUGGGAUGAUCGUCAAACAUGGAACAUAUGGGAACAGACAAGUGCUGAAGCUGGAUACUAACGGACCAUACACACACCUGAUGGAGUUUUGAACCUUCCAAUACUAAUGACAUUUCACAGUAAAUUACCAAUUGCACUCUUGUCCCUGAAAUGGUGGUUCUGUAGAUCUGAUGAUUAAAACUGCCAAUAUUGUAAUGCAUGUGUUUGUAUCAUGUUGUUCUUUAGUGUUAAAUCAUACAAAUAUAUUAUGAUCAGGAAAUCAAAAGAAAGUCUGAACUCAAUUGAAAUAUUUGUAUUGACAACCUUGUUGCAAAUUGUUGAUGGGUUUAUGAAGUGCAACUUGUGAUAUCUAGUGGGGAUUUAUGAGCACUGCACUAGCAAAAAAAAAAUCCCCUACACCUGAAAGAAAUCUAGAUAAGAUCAUAUUAAACUUUUUUUCAGCUAAGAUUGCUACUAGUACAAAAAAUUAAAUACUGUAUAUACAUUAAAACAAUGAUGGGAGGGGAAACAAAUGUAUGAGUACUUGUAUCAGUUCUUCCCACUCUAUGGCGGUAAUGUGCCUUGCAUGUCAACCCAUAUAAAAACGUGAGGAAGUGUAAAGAAGACAACUCAUCAAGUACGAUUUGUGCCAUAACUUCGUGUUUUAGUGAGAAUGGGGUAGUUGCGUCCCAAUAUAUAAAUUUAAAUAAAUAAAUGUUGAGAGCUUC